AUGCGUCCUCAAGCUUCCGCGGCCCAGCAAAAGGGUCAGAAGCUGUAUCAAAAGGGCGACUUUAAGGGUGCGAUCGAGGCGUUCGGAGAGGCCUUGCGACAGCCGAAUGUGGAUACCAUCGGCAUUCUAGACAAUCGAUCCGCCACGUACUGCAAGCUUGAACAAUAUGAUCUGGCUCGCCGAGAUGCGAAGCAGAUGAUCAAAAAUUUCAAAGAUGAUGAAAGAGGGUAUAUGCGAUGUGCCAAAGUCCUCAUUCUUGAGGGUAAACCAGAGAAAGCCCAGGAAAUCUAUGCCUAUGGCCUAAGGAUGUUGCCAAGCGAGCAUCCCAAACGAGAUGUAUUGAAACAAAUGCAUAAAAAUUUGGAGUAUCAUCUGCGUUCCAAGCGAUUUGAUCCUUUUACGAUGUUGCCGCUUGAAGUUGCGAUGCUGAUCGUGAAUCGAUUUUCCUUCAAACAGGUCGUUGGAUUGCUACGUGUUUGCAAAGACUGGGACCGAUUCUUUAGCUCGUUGACCCAUGUCUGGAUGCACAUAGAUCUCUCUGGGGCUCGAAGUAAGGUUCCAUGGACUGCGAUCAGGUCAUAUAUCCGGCGUUCCAGGGCCAUGCUCACUGGAGCGACAAUUAAAAAUUUAUCGGCGCCCUCGACUCUGAAGACUCUCGAGUUCCUAAGCCGUUGUCCUCGGCUCGAGCAUCUCGAGCUUUGGGUGGCACAUGAUGGGAAAGACUUUUACCAGAAAUUCAAGGGUAGCAAGAAGCUAAAAAGCCUUGUCCUUUCUGCCGAGCUUUCAAUUACUCACGACUGUGUCGGUCAACUUCUGGAAGACCUUCCAAAUCUUGAGCGCAUUGCAAUAUGGAACGUGAAGGGCUGUCCUCCUAGAUCCCCAAACACCGUUCAAUGGCCAAAAUGUCUCCCAAACCUGAAAAGCAUAACUUUAGCAUCACGGCAAAUUGUGCCGCAGCCCAAUUCACAAUUCGUCCCUGUGCUCUCUGUGCCAGGCUUGAAUGAGGAUUCUCAAAACACCGUGUAUCCACAUUUGGAAGAACUACGUCUUGACUACGAUCCCGAAGUGUACAACGUCUAUGUGUUUCCUAACGAAAGGACUCGUCCAGUAUCUCCCCUACGCCGGCUGGAACUCCGAGGUUUGACAAUGGGACCGGACAUAUGCGCUGUCCUUCCGCGCACGAUCGAGUACCUGCAUAUUCAAGGUGGCUCAGCAAGACUGCCAAGACACUUAGACUUUCCAAACGAAAUCUUCCCAAAACUACACACUUUGCGGUUUCAAGACACGGGCUUCAUCACACGCGAGACCCUUCCCAUCUUUCUCCAAGCAAAUCUCACCUCACUUCGAACCCUUCAUCUCAACCAAUGUUUCAACAUGGAUAUCUUUGACCUUCUCGACAUGAUCCGUGGCAAUCCGGAGCUGCAGGAACUCACCGAGCUUAGCGUGACGCAUAUGCGCGAUGUGGAUGACAACACCGCUCGUACUAUCUGUGGCACCUUUUCCAAGUUGAAGGUUCUUGACCUUUCAUCUACGAGAAUCACGGGUGUCACGAUCCGUCGUCUCGCCGAUGCAAGGCUCUCCGAAUCUACUGAGAGGGCCACAUUGGACCGAUUGAUCACACGCAACUGUGAGGUGGUAUCAUCUGAUGCAAUUGCAUAUGGACGGGAAAGGGGGCUGGAAGUAAUUACAUGA